AUGUCGCGCAAACUCGUCCCAGAGAAAGGAAAAGCAGGCGAGAGGGGAGGAGGAAAACUGCUCUCCAGCAGCCAACAGAAGCCCAGAGUGUCAGAUACAGGAGGAGGAGGAGGAGGAGGAGGAGGAGGAGGAGGAGGAGGCCGUGUCAAACAGGACUCAUCCAGCCUCCCAUGUCACCACCGCUCUACUGGGAACCUCCACUUCCCUAAAUCUCCCUUAUUCCAUAGCUCUGACUCCAGGCAGCUCAGCACCAGCCACGCCUCUGCAGCCAGUAACAUCUCCAACCAGAGGAGUGCAGCUGAAGGUGACGUGAGCGAGCUGAAGCAGCCGACAACAUCUUUAUUUUACAAGGCCGGCCCUCCAUCUCUGUCCCUGUUUAAGAGACACAAGACUCAUUCCACUAAGGGCGGGAGUAACACCAGGCUACAUCAGCGCAGGGGGUCAGAGCCUGGGCGACAGGUGGUGGAGCAAGCCUCCACCCUGGGCCGGGCGAGGCUGCCCAGCGACCCCGGACUGAAGGUGUCCGAGGUGGAUCCGCAGGGUGAGAGGCCAGAGGCACGUUUCUGUCUCUCGCCAUGUGCCACCAAAGCGGUGAAGGACUACUUCUCCUCGCACCGGCGCAGCAACCCCCAGAGCAGCCAGCAGGUGGCACUCGCCCUGGUGGAGAGUCGCAGGGAGUGGCUGAAGAGAUGCAACGACCCCACGGCCGAGCCAGAUUUCGAGGAGCUUCUCUUUGCCGAAGAAUCCUACGUCUAAUUAAAUCAUAGACCGUAUUUAAAGAUGGACGACAUUACUGCUCCAUUAAAGUGAAGCAGAAGAGUCUAGAUUGCCACCUGGUGGCUGGCUGCAGUAUAGGUCAUAAAUCCAUGUCACAUCGGCGUUUUUCAGAAUAUAUCGGCUUCAUAUGUAGUUGACAUGUGUCGUCCAUCUUUAGAAACAGUCUAUGGAUUAAACCCGGAAGGAAAGUAACUCAAAUUACAAAACAACAUAAGAUGCUUUACUGCAGUGUAAUGAUGAUGGUAUAGAAUCCUACAGCUGCUUUUAAAACACUCAUACUCAACCCUUUCUAGAUUCAGUACAGUCCAGAGUUGAUAUGGUUCCUCAGUUCACUGUAGUUCAACUCUCCAGCUACAGACCUGCUUCAGCAGAGGCUAAAGCACAGGGUCUUUAAGUCUUUAGGCUUGAAUACACUGAGCUGGUUGCACAUACAUCACAUUUUAAUAUGUUUUACCUACAACAGUAACUCUCUCCCCAUUUGCAGUUGAAGAACAAACAGGUGCAUGAUUAAGUAUAUACACACACAUUUUAACACUUAGCAAAGAGCGCUUACCCAUCAAAAACAUUUAUCAAAAAUUUUCCUGAUACGUCCUCAUUUCUGAGGAUGUAUCAAUAUUUUGCAUUUGCAGAAUAUUAAACUUAAACUAUAUCAGGCCAAAGUAAAAAAAACUGCCAAUUUAAAAACGACCUGGUGUUGCCUUCUUUCAAUCUUAUUUCUGUUACUGCAAAUAGACAAAACAAGGUUCAACUUAAUGUUUCUCCUGAUCACAGUUUCUCCUUCAAUGAUCUUCAUAAUUUUCUUUUUUUUAAUGAAGUGUGUUUAAGUUAAAAAAUCUUAACUUUAUCUUAAGGAUUUUGUUGAAGCCCAACAGUUGCAUAUGUACUCUGUAGUAUUAGGGCAACUUAAAGGGAGAAAUGAUCAGAGAAAAUAAUGAGGAUUCAGUUGUAAUAUUAUGUAAAUCAAGUCAAUAUUCUACAAAAAUAAAAUGUUCUCAUCAUAUUAGGACUUGAGGUUUGUAAUAUUAUGACCUUAUUCUUGAAAUCUGAAUAUUUCUUGUAUACUGCCCUAAUCCUCUGUUGUACAUUUGAACAUGAUGGUCUAUAAUUAUACAUGUUUUUAAUAUCACUUGUAGAAUAAUUGCAGCCUGGCUAAGACGCAUGUGCACAGAACUUUUUCAGUAUAAAUAUAUUCAUCUCAUAAUAAAAGCAGCUUAAAGGAUCUACACAUGUAUGUUUUACUUCCACACAGGUGGCGUUGUAAGUUAAGUUUGAUUAUUCACCAUUUAGGCUUUUUAUAAUAAUUAUUAGAAAUCUGCUUUAUUAUUCAUGUUGCUAUUUGCCAAAUGUUGUGUAAACAGCAGUGAACGGACUCGUCUAGAAGCCGCUGAAGUUUGCUCAUCAAGUGUAAACGUUCCUUUGUCUUUUCUACUCAAACAUUUCAAAGGCUUAUUAUCAUGAAUACCAACAGGCUGUUGCAGAUAUUUUAUGUAUCUUGUUCUAUCUAUUGCCAACAAUGUUCUUUUCACAUUUUCAAGCCUGUAUUUAUUAAAAUUAAUAAAACGCAUCUCGCCCUAAUGUUUCCAUUAUGAUUAAUGGGAACAUUCAUGUUUUUUAAAGCUUAUAUUUUAAGCAGCUUAAAUAGUGUCUAUGCUUUAUGUUGUUGCCUCUGUACAGGAAUUGUUUCACUAUGUUUUUCCUCAGAAUUACUGAAGUUUAAAUGCAUAAAAUCUCUGCUUUUGCAAAUAAAAUGACAG